AAGGUCGUGCCGUCGGCCGAGUGCCGCGCAGUGCCAUGCUGCACCUGAAGCGGCGUCAAGCGGCGUCAAGCGGUGUGAAGCGGUGUGAAGUGACGUGAAGCUGUGUCAAGUGUCGUGAAGUGGUGUGAAGUGCGCUAGGGCGGCGUGAAGUGGUGUGAAGCGGCGUGAAGUGUCCUGAAGCGGUAGCCACGAUGCGGCGCGUCGGUCUGCUCCUGCUGCUGGCGCUGGUUCACGAGGGCCGAACGAGCUGGGAAGAAUGGUGGACAUACGAUGGAAUUUCAGGGCCGGGCUUCUGGGGGCUCAUCAACCCCCAGUGGGGCCUCUGCAGCAAAGGUCGCCGGCAGUCGCCCGUCAACAUCGAGGCCGACAAGCUGCUGUUCGAUCCGCGGCUGCGGCCGCUGCACGUCGACAAGCACAAGAUAAGCGGCUCGCUGCACAACACGGGCCAGUCGCUCAUGCUGCGCGUCGACCAGGACUCCAAGCACCACGUCAACAUCUCGGGCGGGCCGCUGGCGUACCGCUACCAGCUGCAGGAGGGCUACAUCCACUACGGCACCCACGACGGCCAGGGCUCCGAGCACCGCGUCGGCGGCCAGGCCUUCCCCGGCGAGCUGCAGCUGUACGGCUUCAACGCCGAGCUGUACCACAACAUGUCCGAGGCGCAGCACAAGUCGCAGGGCAUCGUGGCCAUCUCCCUCAUGCUGCAGAUCGGGGAGACGCCGAACCCGGAGCUGCGGCUCAUCACGUCGGUGUUCAACAAAGUGCAUCACCGAGGUCAGACCACGCCCAUCCGCCACCUGUCGGUGCGCGCGCUGCUGCCCGACACCAACCACUACAUGACCUACGAGGGCAGCACCACGCACCCGGGCUGCUGGGAGACCACCGUCUGGAUCCUGCUCAACAAGCCCAUCUACAUCACCAGGCAGGAGCUGUAUUCGCUGCGCAAGCUGAUGCAGGGCUCCCCCGAGACCCCCAAGGCCCCCCUCGGCAACAACGCCCGGCCGCUGCAGCCGCUGCACCACCGCACCGUGCGGACCAACAUCGACUUCUUCCGCGAGCAGGGGAAAAACUGUCCGAGCAUGUACAGAGACAUGCACUACCAAGCGACUACCUGGGCCGACAACGAGAUCUUGUAGAAAGCUUACGAAUACCACAGAUGCCAUUCGUAGAGCAUCGACAAAGCAACGAUACAUAUCAAUACUUCCUGCCUACAGAAAAAAAUUGCUGCUCAAGAAAACAUAUCGUAGUGUACUUUUGGACAUUAGUUGUAGAAUGGAGUGUUUAGGAAACCAGACUGUGCUAAGAAAGUAUUAUUAUUCUAUAUAAGUUGGUCCUGGUACCAUCAAAAACGUUAUAUGCCAUAACUAUGGUUUCGUCGUCGUAGUGGAUGUAUCAUAUGAC